AUGGAAGUUUGUCCUCGACUUCCUCUUCCAGUCAACACGGAAUUGGCUAAACAAACGAUGUUCCGCCAUAGUCGGCGAAUGACAAGGGUACUCAUACAAGAUUGUCACCUGCGACUAAAGAAAUACGCGGACAGUUCUGAGAACUUCCGGAUGCUUGUUACACGCCAGUGUGGUGAAUCGACUGCCGCUACAUUGGAGAACACAUUACUAGUAUUUGGACGAAAGAAACGUGCUAACAGAGAUGCGGACUUAUCGGUAAAGUACGUGGCACUGCCGACUGCACAAGCCCAGAAAACCGAACAAACGAUAGUACAUAACCUGUGGUCAAAACAACUUACUGUUACCCAAACCAAAGUUCUACAACGUGGAUCUGGUUUUAACACAACUGACGCCGACCCAGUCACCUUCAUUACUUCUUUCGAAUCAGUGCUUCGUCAGACCGGCGCCACAGACGAGGCAAAGGACCUGCUGCGACAUCAAGUCUCCUCACUUCUCAUGCCGCACCGGAAAACCCAUUCCCUGCUAAGAGAUGAACAAAAGGCCCUGAGGGAGCUGAAAGCGGACACCAAAAUAGUUAUUCUGCCUGCUGACAAAGACCGGUCAACCGUUAUCCUCGACAAGGUGGACUACCGACGCAAAGCCCUCCUGCUCCUCAACGACCGGGAGUCCGAUAAAGUCAGCGACGCCGCCAAUCUAAAGUCCCUACUGGCAAAGGUUAACAGAAUUCUGGCUCGACUAAAAAAGGACAAGGUCAUCACUGUCAAAGACUGGUACAUGGCAAAGCCCGCAGAAACCGCUAUGGCGAGAUUCUACAGUCUCCCAAAAGUACACAAGCCAGAUGUUCCCCUCCGUCCUAUCGUCUCACUCCGAGGCACACCCACAUACGGGCUUGCAAGCUGGCUAUUUCAGAAGCUAAGAUUCCUAACUGCAGGCUCACAAACAACGGUGCACUCAGCAGAACAAUUCCUUGACAAAAUAAGGACAGUCACGAUCGAACCGAAUGAAAGGGUGGUGUCUUUUGACGUCGUCUCACUCUUCACGUCCAUACCACAGGCCCUUGCGGUCGAAACGCUCAGUGACCUGUUACGUCAAAAUUACGACGGGAGCGAUGGCCAGCCCACAGCUCAGAAUCUCAUAAAACUCAUGGGGUAUUGCCUCAAGACAUUCUUUGCCCUUUAA